GGACUUGGUGCUUUUCUCUGAUCAUAUCACUGUAAGCUGAAUAGGGGAGACCGGGGAUGGUUGUAACAUGGGGAGAGUUGUAACAACACCAAUUCCACCAAAUAGAGAUCAGAUAGGAGUUAGGUGAUCAUAUCAGUAUUUAUACUUCCUCCCCGAUCAGGCAUGGUGGUUAUCAAGUCUGGAAAGAAGUGCAUUCAGAAUAUAUAGAGAAAAAAAAUGAUUUUGAGUGUGAGUCUGGGCAUUCACCGUGGCAGCAUGACAUCAUGGUGGUAUGAGACCAACUGGCUUCUACUGAUGUUCCUGAGCACAAUUGACCUUUCAAAGGAGGGUUGCCUGGACUAUGUAGAAGAGCAUCCAAAAUGGCAAGGAAAUCAGACAAACGUCAAACUCUCAACAACGAUGAAUUCCAAGGACAUAAUUGAAUGUACUCUACAGAAAAUGUGCUUCAACAAUGUUAUCGAUACAUGUCACAUGCUGACUUGCUUUAACAGACCAGAUUUUAAUGGAACGAUAAAGAAUGAAAAGUGUGUAGAGAUAAAUUACACUAUCGAUAUCCAUCACUUCAACUGCUUGCUGACCAAAGCUAUAGGUUCCAAUAAAACUGAAGGCUGCGAAUAUGAAACCGUAUGCAAGCUCUAUCUAGAAACACCGUCAACUGCCAAAAUGUGUAGUGAAGUAGUGAAAAUAGUGGAGCAACUAAAACAAGAGAAAGGGAAUCUUCAGAUAUUAUUAAUAAUGUCCGUGAUCUGCAACGUAGUCUUGCCUGUGGUGGUUUACCUGUACAUGCGACAACACAGGAUGCGGGACUGGAGCCUGCAGAAUGUGCUUAAUGGAGGCUUACAAGUCGCUCAGCCAAUGUCUGAGCUGGAGUGUCUCUCCAACGGGACAUAUUCCCCUGAUAUACCUAUGAAGAACUGUUCUCUUGAAGAUGGAACGCUGUAGAACCCUACUCGCCUCACCAUCAGGAUGCCAGAGGGAUCAGCUCUUCACUGCUUCUUAACAGGACAGGAAAGCUGAAUGACUGUGGUUUGCAAAUACCGUAGGGCCCACAUUAGGGCAGUUAAACUCGCUGAAGUUUUACCAGAUGUGAAGAGGAGUGUGAGUGAACGAGCUGCAGCAUACCAGUCCCAUCUGUCUAAAACCUCUAAUCAAGAUCAAGCAACACAACAAGUCAAGUCCAUGAAGAGACUUCUGUUGCUCCUGUUUGUUUCUUUCCACUGACCCAGAGCUGACCAAACAUAAACCACCUCCACUUCUUUAAUCAGCAGGCAGUUAAGCUUUAGUUUAAUAGACAGGUAAUGACGCACAAUUGUUUGGCUGUGUGUUUGUAAAUUUGUAAAAUAUGCCAGCCGUUGAGCCUUUACUGGGGUUAUGUUGUUGUAUUUGAGGCACUGAAAAGAAAUAUGAUGUAAUAUUCAGGCAUCAACACUGGCAUUACCAACCUGACUGGCUACCUAUGUAUAUUUCACAAUAUUAAGGGAGUGUGUAAAUUUACAUGCAGUGUUUCUGUGUCAAUACUCCACUAUACAGUUUUAUACAUACAUAAGUUAUGAAUCAAAAACACGUCUGUUUACUCACUUGCUUUUUCACCUGGGACUAACCUUUUUCUCCAUAACUCUUUCAAUCCAGUCCAGUUCACAAAAGUAUGCCUGGUAACGAAACAUAAGGCAUUUUAGCUUCAUAAACCACCUCCAGUUCCACCUCAAGUUUUUAAACAUGGGUUAGAAAAAUGUUGACAGUAUGUCCUUAUACAGAGCAGCACAUUGUGCUCUCUGGGCAUAAGACUAGCAGUAUUGCUGCAUUGGCAGCUCACUUUCUAUGUUUUCAUUGCAGACACAGAGUUUUGAUUGUGAUAAAUAUAGUAAAUGGUCUGUACUUGUUUUUCUAGUCUAGUCUUCCAACCACUCAAAGCCCUUUUAUACCCAUUCACACACAUUGAUAUACUGAUGGUGCCAACUGCUCAUCAGAAACGGACAUUAACACUGGCACCCCAACUGCAUAGCCAUGGGAAGCAAUUCUCUAGUACUAAAAUGUUAUGACACAGCACAUUGCACAAUAUUACAACCAGUUCCUCAAAAGCUGUGAAAUGAUACUGUAUGAUGUGAAAUUAUCAUUCUGGAAAGGUUCUCCCACAGACUAAAUAUUGGAUCCACUUAUAUACACACAUACUCUCUUUGAACAUGUUGGCUGACAAAUGACCCUGAAACAUGUACAAUCUAAUGCAAUUUAUGCAGGAUUAUUUGCACUUGUUUAUUGCUUAGUGUUUAAUAAUAUUGUACAGUAUGAAUGUUGAAGACAGAAGUAUGUGAGAAGGCAGAGCUGACCUGGUGGCAGCAAUAAUGUCAUUAGUUGAGAACCUAAAGGUAGGUAGUAAUGUCGCAAUUCACUAAAAGAAUCACUAAAUUAUCAAAAUGACUGAUCAAAAAUAAAUUACUUUAGGUAAUAUUGGCCAGUUAGUUAGCUUACACUUUGUACCUCCGUCCACUGAGGUGAGAACUCAUCCCUUGCCUUUCCAUGCGACAAGGAGUAACUGCAUAGGUCUACAAUAGAGAUUCACAGUUAACUAGGAAAGGAAUGUUGACGAGAAUUUAUCAUUUUGGCAGCAUAUUCGAGAGAUACAAUUGAUCAUGUUGUAAAUAGUAACCAGAACAUCUAAGCUAUGUCUUUGUCUUUGUAUUAUUUAACUCCUGUACUAUUUUUGUAAUAUAUGUAUUUUGUAAAAAAAAAAAAAAAAAUUCUUUUUGAUGGCAAAGCGUACUAUGUGUUGAUUUGUAUGUGGUUAUAGCUUCUUUCAAACAAUUCUGGUUGCAUACAUUUUGCUUACGUUAUGUGGUGCAACAGGCCCAUUCACCUCGUCUCUUUUUUGAUACUCACUUAAGGACCCUAAAGUCAUAAAUGUUAAAAUUCUAUACAUAAUGGCAUACAAAUGUAAUAACACAUUACAUUGCUUAACAAAUAAAGUCAUUCUGAUGUUG